CGUUAAUCCUAUCAUUGAAUUACAAUUUCUGAAGGAUAUCAUCUUUUCCAUUUUCAUUUUUUGAGUUAAGACUUUGGAAAUGGCUGAAGCUGUUCUUGAAUUAGUGCUUGAAAAUUUGAGUUCUCUUGUUGGGAAAGAGCUGGCACUUUUUUUGGGUUUCCAUGAUGACUUGGAAAGACUUGCCAGUUUACUGACUACCAUCAAGGCAACUCUUGAAGAUGCUGAGCACAAACAAUUCUCAGACGUAGCUAUACAGAUUUGGCUUCAAAAGCUGAAAGAUGCAGCUCUCACUUUGGAUGACAUCAUGGACGAGUGUGGCUGUGAACUUCUGGGGAUGGAGUUCCAAAGAAUCAGGGGUGUAUCAAAUAAGGUACAAAUCUUUGGUUCAUUAUCCUCUUUUAAUCCCAAACACGUUGCUUUUCGUUACAAAAUUGCCAAGAAAAUGAGAAGGAUAAGUAAGAGGUUAGAAGAAAUUGGUGAAGAAAGGACUAAGUUUCAUUUCACAGAGACGGUCUCCGAGAGAAGUGGAGACAGUGAUUGGCGCCAAACCACCUCGUUUAUCACUGAACCGCAGGUGUAUGGAAGGGAAGAAGAUAAGGAUCAGAUUAUAAACUUUUUGGUUGGUGUUGCUUCUCGUUCUGAGAAUUUAUCCGUAUAUCCGAUCUUGGGUCUAGGUGGACUAGGAAAAACAACUCUUGCUCAACUCAUUUUCAAUCAUGAGAGGGUGGUCAACCACUUUGAGCUAAGAAUUUGGGUCUGUGUUUCUGAUGAUUUCAGUUUGACGAGGAUAACAAAGGCUAUCAUUGAAGCAGUUACCCAGCGUAGCUGUGACGAUUUGGAUCUAGAACCACUUCAAAGAAUGCUUCAAGAUCUCCUUCGAAGUAAAAGAUAUUUACUUGUUUUAGAUGAUGUGUGGGAUGAUAAGCAAGAGAAUUGGCAGAAGUUGAAAUCUGUUUUAGCUUGUGGGACGAUGGGUGCUUCCAUUCUGGUCACCACUCGUCUUUCAAAGGUUGCUGCAAUUAUGGGAACAAUACCUCCUCAUGCACUGUCAGAGUUACCAGAUAGUUAUUGUUGGGAAUUGUUUAGGAGUCGAGCCUUCGGAGCAAAUGAGGUUGAACCAGAAGAGCUAGUGUUUAUAGGGAAAGAGAUAGUAAAGAAAUGCAGGGGAGAGCCUCUUGCAGCAAAAGCACUGGGAGGUCUUUUACGCUUCAAAAGAGAGGAAAAGGAGUGGCUCAACGUUAAGGAGAACAACCUGUGGAGUUUACCCCAAGAUGAAGACUCUAUAAUGCCUGCCUUGAGAUUAAGUUACUUGAACUUGCCCAUAAAACUCAGGACAUGUUUUGCUUAUUGUGCGAUAUUUCCUAAAGAUGAAAUAAUAAAAAAGGAAAAUCUGAUUGAACUGUGGAUGACUAAUGGAUUUAUUUCAUCCAGUGAAAUAUUAAAUGCUGAAGAUGUGGGUGAAAGUGUGUGGAAUGAAUUGUACUGGAGAUCAUUUUUUCAAGAUAUCAAGACAGAUGAGUGUGGGAAAGUUAAAAGUUUCAAGAUACAUGAUCUUGUCCAUGAUCUUGCACAAUUUGUUGCAAUAGAUGUUUGCUGCGUUUCAAAACAAAAUCAUGUAACUACUUUGUCUGAAAGAAUCCACCAUCUCUCAAUUUAUGGAAAGGAUUCAAUCCCGUUACAUCAAGUCAAUUCUUUGAGGACCUAUAUAAAACCGUCACAACGCAAUUAUUUCGGCCAAAUUUGUGAUGAUGUAUUGAAAUGUCAUUCUUUGCGGGUUCUUCACUACGAACGGUGGGAACCAUUUAUCCCAUCUUCAAUUGGUCAUUUAAAACACCUAAGGUAUCUAAACCUUUCUUUGGGAAAAUUCCAAACUCUUCCAAUAUCAGUAUGUAAAUUAUGGAAUUUGCAGAUAUUGAAAUUAGACUAUUGUAAACAUCUCCGAAAGUUGCCUGACAAUUUGGUAGGCUUAAAAGGUCUACAACAACUAUCUUUGAAAGGUUGUUUCUCCUUGUCAAGGUUGCCUCCUCAUGUAGGGAAUUUGACAUCCUUAAGGAUUUUAAACAUGUACAUUGUUGGCAAGCAAAGAGGGUCACUUCUGGCUGAACUGGGACCACUGAAGCUUAAAGGAGACCUUUUAAUCAAGCAUAUGGGUAAAGUGAAAAGUGUAAAGGAUGCCAAAGAAGCCAAUAUGUUUGGUAAGAAACUAAACAAGUUGCGGUUAUCAUGGGACAGAUAUGACGAAGAAUUGGAAUUACAAGAAAAUGUUGAGGAGAUUCUUGAAGUGCUUCAACCUGAUCCUAAACAACUUGAGAGGGUGACGAUAGAUGGAUAUAAAGGUGCUUAUUUCCCAAAGUGGAUGUCCAGUUCUUCUCUCCAUCUCUUAAACUUUUUGGAGCUCAAUGACUGUGGAAGCUGUUUGAAACUUCCACAGCUGGGAAAACUGCCUUCUCUAAAGAUUAUUUGUUUGCGUAACAUUAGUAAUGUAAAAUACCUAUAUGAGGAGUCUGAUGAUGGUGGGGUAGUUUUCAUGUCUUUAGAACUUCUGUCAUUAAGGCAUCUGCCAAACCUGACAAGGAUAUCAAGGGAGGGUGGGGAAAACAUGUUCCCACACCUUUCUACACUUGAAAUCAUUGAAUGUCCUAAACUACUGAAUGUAUCAGCAGGUUUUGAAUGUUUUACUUGUGUUAAGGAUAUUUUGAUCACAGGUUGUAGAGAAAAGGUUGAAGGCGUGAAUGAGGCUUUACGACAUAUGACUGCCCUGGGGAAGUUAACCUUAGAUGAUCUUCCUAACCUUGAAUCCUUGCCUCAUUGCUUAGGAAACCUUUCCUUACUUCACGAUUUAACCAUCCACAACUGUUCCAAGUUGAGGUGUCUUCCAACUUGCCUAAGCCGCAGUUUGCAAUAUUUGACAAUUUCUGGUUACACUCACCCUGAGUUAAAGAAACGAUGUGAGAAAGAAAAAGGAGAAGAUUGGCCAACAAUAGCUCAUAUUCCCCAUUUAGAUCUUUCCACGUGGAGGUGAAUAUCAUGAUUGCUUCUGAUUAAG